AUGUUAGCCGACGAUCUCCCCUGGCCCGAGCUUGGUAAUGUCUCGCGCGGCGCCACUCGCGGGAACCAGGGUCAAAAGGGCGUGCUCAGCGCGCCCGAUGCGGACGGUCGCUGUCUGCUGCAGCUGCGCGUCCAACCAGGCGUGCUCACCGUCCUCCUGAAUAGUCAGGCGAGCGACUGGUAUCGCCGCCUUGAUGCCGAAGUGAACCACGCGCUCAAGCUGACCAAAACCUACUGGCGGAAAGCUCGUAGGCGGCAGGACUACGAUGCCAUAGCCGAUCAGGACCAUAUGGAGCUCCACGAGUGGUUGCAGCAGCUCAAAGACAAAGUCAUGUCUCAUCUCGAGCUCCUCAUGCAGCGUGGCGAUAUCAAAGGCCCGCCCUACGUCAUGCCCGAAAACGUUGAGCUCGGCUUUCUUCGGAAAUUCGUUGAGCGACAGGAGGCUGGUAUCCCACACAACCCUCGUCUACGUAAGGCAGCUCUUGAGAACGGCUACGUUGCCCCAUUGCGCCACAACAUCGUCUCUGUCACGCCGGAACCCUCCGAGGAAUCUAUCCUGAAUGGCUCUGAUGACGGAUGGACCGAAGAUAGUCCCAACCACAUUCCGAAGAGUUCUGUCGCUCCCAUCUCCUACCCGCCAAACAAAACUUCGAGCCCUCAGAUGGGUACUAUCAACACACUAGAAGAAGAGGUUGAGGCGUCCCGACAAAUUCUCGCCAACGCUCGCGGAGCCCUACGGCGCGCACAAAAAAGUACACAUGACGCCUUCAAUGUGUAUGUAGCAGCAAUGGAGGCUGAGCGUCGAGCUUGGCAAGACGUUGCAACAGAAGAAGAUCGCCGAGAUAGCUUAGGUAUGUGCCAAUCUCUCCAUUAUCCUUUUGCAGCAUUAGCAGCAUCUCAUUUUUCCUAG